CCUACCCUUCCGUGUUCCUUGCGUGCAUAUAUAUGUGCGCGCACACGCUUCUAAAGGAAUAGGUGACGCAGCGACUACCAGUCCCAGAGAAAGAGAGAGAGCGAGAGAGAGAGAGGGAUGGAGACGAAGGGACCAGUGGUGGUGACUGGAGCUUCCGGUUUCAUCGGAACAUGGCUCGUUAUGAGGCUUCUAGAGGAGGGAUACAUCGUCAGAGCCACCGUCAGAGACCCAACAAAUCUAAAGAAGACGCAGCCUCUACUGGAUCUUCCGGGGGCCAGCGAACGAGUCACCAUCUGGAAAGCAGACCUUGAUGAGGAAGGUAGCUUCGAUGAGGCGAUUGAGGGAUGCAGUGGGGUGUUCCAUGUGGCCACUCCUAUGGAUUUUGAGUCCAAAGACCCUGAGAAUGAAGUGAUUAAGCCCACAGUUACGGGACUAUUGAGCAUAAUGAAGUCUUGCAAGAAAGCUGGGACAGUAAAGCGUGUCAUCUUCACUUCCUCUGCUGGGACUGUGAACGUGCAAGAGCACCAACAUUCAGAGUAUGAAGAGAGCUCAUGGAGCGACAUCGAGUUCUGCCGGCGUGUCAAGAUGACUGGAUGGAUGUACUUCGUAUCCAAAACUCUAGCUGAACAAGCUGCAUGGGAAUUUGCAAGGGAGAAUGGCAUUCACUUUAUCAGCAUCAUUCCAACCCUUGUUGUUGGCCCGUUCAUCAGCUCAUCAAUGCCACCCAGUCUGAUCACUGCACUAUCACUGAUCACAGGAAAUGAAGCUCACUACUCAAUUUUAAAACAAAUCCAAUUCGUUCACUUGGAUGAUCUAUGCGUUGCUCAUAUAUUCCUCUUCGAGCACCCAGAAGCAAAUGGAAGAUACAUUUGCUCUUCUCAUGAUGUUACCAUCUAUGAACUUGCAAGAAUGAUGAAAGAGCGAUAUCCUCAGUACAGCAUCCCCCAAAAGUUUGAGGGGAUUGAUGAUGGAAUCGGACGGGUGUGCUUCUCCUCGAAGAAACUCAUAGACCUCGGCUUCAAGUUUCGGUACUCCAUGGAGGACAUGUUUGAUGCUGCCAUUCAGAUAUGCAGGGAGAAGAAGUUGAUACCGCACCAGACCAAGGAGCCGCUUUGCAGCAAUAAGGCUGGAGAACAUGUGGCCAUGGAUGCCAAGAGAGUGAAUGGUUUGACGAUCCAAAAGUCCUGACGCUCCAAAUGAAGAGAAUAUGGAACGGUGGUGUGCGACCAAAUUUAGUUUUUUCUUUCAGGGGGCUCUUUCCAUCCAUGUUCUUUUUUUUCCGUGCUUCAUAGAACUCUCCGUCUCGGUGUGCUGCUCAAGAUUUCUGCUCUGCUGUGUUCCAUUAUUAUUUCAAUAAUCAAUGAAAUGGCUGGCGAACAUUUCUAUCACUCA